AGACCGAUCGUUCGUGUCGAGCUUCUCUCCAAAAUAAAGAUUACGUUUACCUUGUACCCCGUGAUAACUCGGCUGAACUCAUUUAUCAUUACAACUGUAAUCAAGAGCGCGUGUGACUGAAUGUGAAUGACCACUACAGAAAUGAGGCUCCCUCUGUGAUAUGUGAUGAAACUUUACGUUUAAAAAACUUGAUGAGGAUGUACGUCUUAUUGAUAGUUCUUAGUCUACUUGUACAAGAAUCACUAUUACUUCGUAUAGUCAGGGUGUCCGUACCCCCGUACAGGAUACGAGGACAAGUAGCUAUACUGGAAUGCGACUACGAACUAGAUAACGAUGGCCUGUAUUCUGUCAAAUGGUACAGAGACAACGAGGAGUUCUAUCGAUACAUGCCCAAGUUCGAUCCCCCGAAGCAUGCGUAUAAGCUGGAUGGAGUCAAAGUCGAUCUCCAAAAAUCGGACGACAGAAAGGUGGUGCUGCACCAGGUGACACUCAAGACGACAGGCUUGUACCGCUGUGAAGUAUCAGCGGAAGCGCCUAGUUUUGCUUCAGCAGCUGGAGAAGGCAGAAUGGAGGUUAUCUAUCUUCCUCGAGAAGGACCAAGGAUAACGGGCAAUGAACAAGAAAAUCGGAGAGGCGACUCACUCUUCUUGAACUGCACUUCGGGACGAUCCUAUCCCGCUGCAAUACUUAGUUGGGACAUAAACGGGGAGAAGGUAACAGACCCAAACCUCCUGGUGGAGUACCCGCCAAUCCAACACGCUCACGGCUUGCUGUCUACAGCACUAGGGCUACACGUGCCUUUAGGAGGGACGAUGGAGGUGCGUUGCACAGCGCGUGUUACGCCAGCGUGGCGAGAAGGCAGCGAAGCUGUCGUAGGAAAAAGUCAACUUGCUGAAAGUAAAGAAGCAAUGUUAUUAGUGAGGAGUUCGGCCGGCGUCUCUACAUUGAGCGUAAUGUUGUUAACACUUUCGCUCACCUUCCUCUUCGAUUCUCUAAUGAAAUCAGCAACGUGAUAAAUUAUCUUCAGUCUUUUAUUAACAAAACGUGAUUUACACGCAAUCAAGGCUCUCAGAAUUUAUCCAAAUGUGGACUAUUAUAAAUCUAAUGUAAACUAAUUUUAAUUGUUAGAUUAUUAUUACGUUUUAUUGCGUAAUUUGUUACUAAUUUGGUUUUGGAAUUUUAUUUUCGUUCAGUUAUUUGAGAUAUGAUGAAAUGAUGUCCCCCUUUUAAACUCAUGUAUUCAAUUGAUGCGGUAUUUGGACCCAGAGAGUGGCAGUAAACAUCUUUCCUUAACGGAGCUGGAUUGCACAUCUUACAUUGAUCCAGCUAGGUAGGCUAGCAGCCAGGAUCUCUUUCGCUUAGAUGCCAAUCUUUCUAUUUCUACUUUACAUUUGAGUACAUUAACUAAACAGAGUUAAAAAUUUUAGAUAUUGAAUCCUUUUUGGGAUAUUUAAAGAUGUUAUUCUACUUGUGAUAACGAGCACUUUCCCUGUGAAAACCUCGAAAAAUGGCAAUGAAAAAGAAGUCAAGUCGAAAUAUGGUCGAGUAUUUAUGUUUUUUUUUUUUAAAUGGUGAUAAUUCCGAGAUUUGAGCGUGGUGCUCACAGUAAAAGAUGCUCAUAUUCAUGUGUAGAAACACCUACUAAAGCAUAUUGGAAUAGAAAACUCACUCUACAUUCCCGUGUGUUGUGCAUUAACAUUGUUAGUACAUAUAAUUAUCAUCAUAUCACCUUAAAUCAUUUUGCAAUAUACUGUAUGUAAUUAAUUGUAUACAAAAACGGUUAAUUAACUAGGUAGUCAAUAAAAUAUUUUGAAUAUUCAUUAGUCAAAUUAAGUACUUGAUACAUAUCUGUAAUUGAAUUGUUAAUAUUAGUAUCUUAAAUUAUUUCUGUUGAAUCGUGAACUAACCUACAGAAAUGUAUUUUUGUAGCGCUGUUAUCGUCUGUCUUUUGUUUUCAUAUCAAUUAGCUUUUUACAAAAUAUUUGUACUGUAAAUAGAAAAAAAAACGUUUAGGAACG